AUGGUUUGUUCGUGGAUAGUAUUCCUUUGUAGUCCUCUUACUCAUCGGGGUGCUGGAAGUAUUAGCCAACCUCUUGUCCGUGGACUAGCUGGAAUUCUGUCCUCGUACGUAUUGGAGUUGGACGUUUUCGAAACUGUUGUCAUCGGGCAGUCGUCUGGAACAACACCAUAUUCAGUUUCAAGCAUGCCACGAGCCCUCGAUUUUUUGUCGUGGAAGUUAACUCCGUUCCUUGGCCUCUUUUUGAGCCGACUUUUGCUCAUCUGUCAGACGGACCCAGGCGUUGCAAUCAUCAUUGAAACGAAAAAGUGA